AUGGAUAUCAGGAAAGACAAGGUCUUGCAUGACUUGACGUCUUCCCGUGGGUUCUGUCUAGCCUUGCUCCGGUUGCUUCGAGUGCAGCCCAAUGGAAUGAUAUGGGGCGGCAACCCUUGUGCUAGUUGGGUUUGGAUAAGUGCAUCUACGACGAAGCGACGCAGCCGCGAACAUGGCAUUUUCGGAGAUGAAGGGCUGGAAGGGGUGCGGGUUGCUAAUUGUUUAGCAGCCCGCUUUGCUCUAUUGGCCAUGGUGGCCAUUGUUAAUGGUGUUUGGUGGUCUGUAGAACAGCCAUCUUCAAGCUGUCUUCCCGAGUGCCCCUACGUGGCCCACGUCAUGACCAACAUGGCACCUACGUGGUACUUGCGAACGUGGAUGGGGGCAUUUAACCACUUCUGUAGUAAACCUACAGCAUUGUUUGGAUCAUGGCCAUUGCUUGAAGAACUUAAAUGCCGGCUUUCACAAGCAGAACAAAAGUCAUUGAGGGAGUCAUCGGCCGGCAUGUAUACCAAGAAGAGAUUACCGGAUGGACGGGUGAGGGUUACUGGAGGAAAAAGGCUGAAAGAAAGUGGAGCUUACACACCAGAGUUUGGAAAGCGCGUCGCUCAACUAUUUAAAAAGGGCGCAGUUUCAGCAUCGCACCUUGCUGCACAGCGACAACGAUCUCUGUGGAAACUAGAAGGCCCUAAGGGCUUUGAGCAGCCCUUGGACUGGAAACAUGCUGACUUACCAGCUCUUCGGCAGUUCCUUUUGGAGGAGAUUGCAGCCAACAGGUUCCAUGCCCAACCUGGCCUUCCAUUGUAG